GCCACGGAACAGCGGGCCAGCAGGAAGAAGAAUGACGUCAUUGGAUAGCGGCGCCGCGGUAGACUGGAAUGGGACCUGACGAUUUUCCCGUAAUUUUGAUAGCUUAAUCCAUGAAUGGCGCCGAAACAGGACCCGAAACCUAAAUUUCAAGAAGGUGAAAGAGUGCUGUGUUUUCAUGGGCCAUUGCUCUACGAAGCUAAGUGUGUUAAGAUUAAUAUCAAGGACAAACAGAUCAAAUACUUCAUUCAUUACAGUGGUUGGAAUAAGAACUGGGACGAAUGGGUUCCUGAAAGCAGAGUACUGAAGUAUGUGGACAGUAAUCUUCAGAAACAGAAAGAGCUUCAGAAGGCCAAUCAAGACCAUUAUGUAGAAGGAAAAAUGAGGGGAGCCGCACCAAAUAAGAAAAUCCCUCCUACAUCACAGAAAAAUGAUGUGAAAACCAAAAAGAACAAACAGAAGACUCCUGGAGCAGGAGAAGGAACCAGUUCAGGGGGAGACCCAACACAUCCUCCAAGGAAGAAAAGAGCACGUGUUGACCCAACUGUUGAGAGCGAGGAAACAUUUAUAAACCGAGUGGAGGUUAAGGUAAAGAUCCCAGAGGAGCUUAAACCAUGGCUUGUAGAUGACUGGGAUCUGAUUACACGUCAGAAACAGCUUUUUCACCUUCCAGCCAAAAAAAAUGUCGAUGCUGUUCUUGAAGACUAUGGAAACUACAAGAAAUCAAGAGGAAACUCUGACAGCAAAGAGUUUGCUGUGAAUGAGGUGGUCGCUGGUAUUCGGGAAUAUUUCAACGUCAUGCUAGGGACGCAGCUUCUCUACAAAUUUGAGCGGCCGCAGUACGCAGACAUCCUGGCUAGCCACCCAGAUACACCUAUGUCUCAGAUCUACGGUGCUCCUCACCUACUCAGACUCUUUGUAAGAAUUGGGGCCAUGCUGGCAUACACUCCCCUGGAUGAGAAAAGUCUUGCGCUGCUCCUCAGUUAUCUACAAGACUUUCUCAAGUAUCUUGUAAAGAACUCUGCCUCACUCUUCAAUGCAAGCGACUACGAAGUCGCUCCACCAGAGUAUCAUCGCAAGGCGGUCUAAGUCUCAAACCUUUGUGCUAAUUGUUGGAAAGGAGACUCUUCAGUUUAACGAAUGUUAUUUCCACAUUUGAGGAACAGAUUUUGUAAAAGUAUUUUUGGUUAUUUCAGAGGAGUUGUGGAGAGAUGUGUGAAUGAAGUGUAUUUUUUUAUUUUUCUCUUGUAAGGGAAGCUGCUGAGAACACAUUGUUUUCCCUGUAUUGUUUUGCUUUUGAUCACCACUUCUACGUUUUCUUUAUUCUUUAGUUUACUGGAAACCAUCAUCUGCUAAAUUUGGACAUUACUAUUAUUAACUUUCUUUUCCCCUGUUAAACAGACACCAGUUACAAAUGUCCUGCGAAUGGUCCUUUCUAAUAAAAUCCAAUUCUUUACCUGCUG